AUCCCAAAUUUAUUCUUUUCAGCCCUGCAGCAUUGGUUUUUUUCCCCCCAAAAAAAUUCCAGAUGGAGUGGGGAGCGGAGAGUUCUAUAUAGACUCUCCAUUGAAGGAGAUUUCUAGGGAACAAAAUUUUCAGGAAGGGGGGGGGAAAGAGUUCCAGCUGUAUCUUCCAGAGGAAGAGCAAAACCACCACCACCACAACAACAACAUCAACAAAAAGGGGGGGGUGCACCCAUUGCGAGGUGGCUCCUCUCCCCAAAGCAGACCUGAAGGAAAAGUGGGCUCCCCCAUUUCAAAGUGGGGGGAGCUGGAAGGAGAAAGAGGCCGGGGGGCGCAGUUCACGGAUUCCGUGGCAGCGCAGAGGCCACGGCCGAACUUUCUCCAUGAGGAGGGGUAGAAGAUGCCGGCUUUGCCCGCGCUGCUCCUGCUGCUGAUUCUCGGCUUUGCCCACAAGAGCCUGGCGGUGCUGUCGUCUCUGCGUAUGGCCGCCAUUUUGGAUGACCAGACAGUCUGCGGCCGGGGGGAGCGACUGGCAUUAGCUUUGGCACGUGAGCACAUCAACAGCAUCAUUGAGGUCCCCGCCAAAGCCCGUGUGGAGGUGGAGAUCUUUGAACUGCAGCGGGAUAGCCAGUACGAAACAACGGAUACCAUGUGUCAGAUCCUGCCCAAAGGUGUGGUUUCAGUUCUGGGCCCAGCUUCCAGCCCAGCGUCUGCUUCCAUUGUCAGCCACAUCUGUGGGGAAAAAGAGAUCCCCCAUAUUAAGGUGGGUCCUGAGGAAACCCCUAAGCUGCAGUACCUGCGCUUUGCCUCCGUCAGUCUUUACCCCAGCAAUGAGGAUGUCAGCUUGGCCGUGUCCCGCAUCCUCAAGUCCUUCAACUACCCCUCGGCGAGCCUCAUUUGCGCCAAGGCGGAGUGUCUGCUACGACUGGAGGAGUUAGUUCGUCAGUUUCUCAUUUCCAAGGAGACGCUGUCGAUCCGGAUGUUGGACGACACCAACGACCCGACGCCGCUGCUCAAGGAGAUCCGGGACGACAAGAUCUCCACCAUCAUCAUUGAUGCCAACGCUUCUAUUUCUUAUCUCAUCCUCAAGAAGGCUUCAGAACUGGGGAUGACAUCUGCCUUCUACAAGUACAUCUUGACCACCAUGCUGUCAGCGGCCCUGAUGUUUGAUGCCGUACAUGUGGUGGUGAGCGCCGUGCGGGAGCUGAAUCGCAGCCAGGAAAUCGGGGUCAAACCCCUGGCCUGCACUUCGGCGAACAUCUGGCAACAUGGGACGAGUCUCAUGAACUAUUUGCGAAUGGUAGAGUAUGAUGGGCUGACGGGGCGCGUGGAGUUCAACAGCAAGGGCCAGAGAACCAAUUAUACAUUGAGAAUCUUGGAGAAAGCCCGUCACGGACACCGGGAGAUUGGGGUAUGGUACUCCAACAGGACUCUGGCUAUGAACGCCACGACGUUGGAUAUCAACGUCUCCGAGAGCCUCAUCAACAAGACCCUGAUCGUCACUACGAUCUUGGAGAACCCCUACGUGAUGCGCCGUGCAAACUUCCAGGAGUUGUCUGGCACAGAGCAGUAUGAGGGCUUCUGCGUGGACAUGCUCCAUGAGCUUGCUGACAUCCUUAAAUUCCGCUUCCAGAUUAAGCUGGUGGAGGACGGCUUGUAUGGAGCGCCUGAACCCAACGGGUCUUGGACAGGGAUGGUGGGAGAACUCAUCAAUAGGAAAGCUGACUUGGCAGUGGCGGCAUUCACCAUCACAGCAGAGCGGGAGAAGGUCAUCGACUUCUCCAAGCCUUUCAUGACCUUGGGCAUCAGUAUCUUGUACCGUGUGCACAUGGGCCGCAAACCAGGAUAUUUCUCUUUCCUGGACCCUUUCUCCCCAGCUGUUUGGCUUUUCAUGCUCCUGGCAUAUCUUGCUGUCAGCUGCGUCCUUUUCCUGGCUGCCAGGCUGAGUCCCUAUGAAUGGUACAACCCUCAUCCUUGUAUCCGGGAACGGCACAACAUCUUGGAGAACCAGUAUACGCUUGGUAACAGCCUCUGGUUCCCUGUCGGGGGCUUCAUGCAACAGGGGUCGGAGAUCAUGCCUCGGGCCCUCUCUACCCGCUGUGUCAGUGGCGUGUGGUGGGCGUUCACCUUGAUCAUCAUCUCCUCCUACACAGCCAACCUUGCUGCCUUCCUCACUGUGCAACGGAUGGAGGUGCCCAUUGAAUCCGCCGAUGACCUGGCUGACCAAACCAACAUUGAAUACGGCACCAUCCACGCCGGGUCAACCAUGACCUUCUUUCAAAAUUCUCGGUACCAGACGUAUCAGCGGAUGUGGAAUUACAUGCAUUCUAAGCAACCGAGUGUUUUUGUAAAGAGCACAGAAGAGGGGAUCGCUCGGGUGCUGAACUCAAAAUAUGCCUUCCUACUUGAGAGCACCAUGAACGAAUAUCACCGGAGGCUCAACUGCAACCUCACACAGAUUGGGGGGCUCCUGGAUACCAAGGGCUAUGGCAUCGGCAUGCCUCUGGGCUCCCCGUUCCGGGAUGAGAUCACCCUCGCCAUCCUGCAGCUUCAGGAGAACAACCGUCUGGAGAUCCUGAAACGCAAGUGGUGGGAGGGAAGCAAGUGCCCUAAAGAGGAGGACCACCGGGCCAAAGGGCUGGGUAUGGAGAAUAUUGGAGGCAUCUUUGUGGUGCUGAUCUGUGGACUCAUCAUUGCAGUCUUUGUGGCUGUCAUGGAGUUUGUAUGGGCCACACGCCGCUCGGCUGAACAUGAGGAGAUCUCGGUGUGCCAGGAGAUGCUGCGAGAACUGCGCCAUGCCGUUUCUUGCCGCAAGCCGACCCGCUCCCGCCGGCGCCGGCGCCACUACGCCACCCGAGGGGCCCUCUCGUUGCGCUCGGUCCGCGAGAUGCGUCUCAGCAACGGCAAACUCUACUCGGGGACGUUAGUGUCGGAGCCGGGCCCACAGCGCCUCCUGGAGGAUCCCCCCAGGCCUUGCACCCACGUCCGCAUUUGUCACGAGUGCCGGCGUAUCCAGACUCUUCGGGGAGCACCCCCGCCUCCCCGGGGCCCCCCGCCCCCAGAGGAGGGCACUCCACGAAGGGGAGUCCCCCGUGAACUGAGCGAGCAGGAGUGACGCCCCCCCUUCUCGGUUGCUUAUUGCCCCUGCCCCACCUUGGCCCUGCCUUCGCUCUCUUGCGGAGGCGCCUGCUAUUAGACAUGUACGCUAUGCGUAUGCCCUGACUUGGGGAUCCAGGCCUUUGAGGACUCCUCACCGCCUCCCCUCCCCACUCUGGCACAGUGUCUCUUGCCCUCGGGGUGUGCGUGGAAAUCCUGGCAGCCCCCAGUCCCUCAAGUGCCCUGGCACGGAGUUGACAACUCUCCUUGAAAUUCAAGGUGGUGGUGGCGGCGGGGGUGUGUUUAUGUGUGUCCCUUUCUGAUGGCCCCCUCUUGGAGGAGAGAGACUCACAUGCCACCCCUCCCAAACCUCAUGAUGGGGACAUUGGAUCUGCGGGCGCCUGUCUCUUGACACUACGGGAAGACAGACUCCAGGACCUCUUACUGGGGUUGGUGGGGGAGGAGAGAGAGGGAUCAGAACCGAUAUCCACUUUUGUGGGAAGAGCUACCCUACAAACAUUCCCCCCACCCCACAGAUGCCCCCCUCCACUCUCCUUGUCUUCACCUGCAGCCCUCCAGCUCUUCCAUGUCCUUCCACAGUCCAGCUGGACCCUCUUGUGCUCUUCCCCUUCUGCCUUCGCCCCUGCAGGGGUAGCUCCAAACAAGUGGUCCAGAGAGAGAGAGAGAGAGAGAGAAGAUUCUAUUAUGAGUGAGGAAAAGGAUGUACCGGUCUGGGUGCAGGGAUAUCGGGUGUGAAUGGGCUGGCCUUACUUUUGUGUCGGGGAAGAAGGUGGGGAUCCCUCCUGGAAGACGUGCAUCGCUUUGCAGAAUCCCCAGUGCGCCCAGUGAGACUGGCGGGGAUGUGGGCAGAGUGUGCUUUGGGGACGGAGGCUGAACUCAGAGGUCCACUAAAGUCGCCGACCGAGGCAUGGCGUGGGGCCUCACUGGAUUCCGUACUUGGAGAAGCAAACCUGGAGCAUACAGGAUCGAGAUCUGAGUGAGAUGAGGGAUGGGAAACACAGAGGGUGGGGUGGGACACCAACCACACAGACCCCUGAAAGCAGCAAAGAGUGGGGAGCGAGGAUGGGUCUGUGGGGCCCCCCCUCCCCAUGACGUCUUCUUGUCUGUCUUUUUUUAAUUUUUCUUUUCUUUCUUUUCUUUUUUUUUCUUUUCUUUUUUUGGAGAAAUUUCUAUAGAAGCCAAAAACUGGAGACUUUAGUGGCAACCCCAAAAGACAAA